AGGCACGGCGGCGCAGACGUAGCGCGUCACGGGCGGCCGGGAGGCAAUCGGGGUUUCAGCUGCCGUAUCCUCGCGUCUCUCGCUCGGACCCCGGCGUCGGAAGCUGCUCUCGGGGCAUGAGCUGAGGGCACAGCUCCGAGACUUGCAGUAUUUCGUAGAGAUUGAUGGAAGCAGAAACCAAAACCCUUCCCCUGGAGAACGCAUCCAUCCUUUCAGAGGGCUCUCUACAGGAAGGACACCGAUUAUGGAUUGGCAACCUGGACCCCAAAAUCACAGAAUACCACCUCCUCAAGCUCCUCCAGAAGUUUGGCAAGGUGAAGCAAUUUGACUUCCUCUUCCACAAGUCGGGGGCUUUGGAGGGCCAGCCCCGAGGGUACUGUUUUGUUAACUUUGAAACUAAGCAGGAAGCAGAACAAGCCAUCCAGUGUCUUAAUGGCAAGCUGGCACUGUCGAAGAAGCUGGUGGUACGAUGGGCCCACGCUCAAGUCAAGAGAUAUGAUCAUAACAAGAAUGAUAAGAUCCUUCCCAUCAGUCUUGAGCCAUCCUCAAGCACUGAACCCACUCAGUCUAACCUCAGUGUCACUGCAAAGAUAAAAGCCAUUGAAGCGAAGCUGAAAAUGAUGGCAGAGAAUCCUGAUGCAGAGUACCCAGCAGCACCUGUUUAUUCGUACUUUAAACCACCAGACAAGAAAAGGACUACUCCUUACUGCAGAACAGCCUGGAAGUCUCGGAGAUGAUGGCAACUUUCCAGAGCAGCAAAAGCGAGUGGGCUCCACAUUUGAAGCCCUCCUCCAUUGUACUUGUAGAUGUGAAUGGUACUGCCAACAGCACAGUCACAUGUUAGAGCUGCUAACAUAGUGUUUGGUAUUCAUAUGGAUGUGUCUUCCCUGAACUCUGUGGAACUGAGCAUCAUCCAGAAUAAAUAGGAAUGUGUCCAAACCGAUUUGAACACUGA